GUUAAUAAUAAUUCAUUUUUGUUCACCCGGUUGCGCGCGGGUGGCGGUGGUGCAUCAUCCAUCUAUAUUGAUACCUCAUUUUUCCUUCAUGAUAAGGAACUUCUCUUCUAAGACUACGAUUCGACAACUGAUUGUCUUUGUGUCUGUCCUGACACGUCUAUCCUCGGUCUUGAGAGUUACAACAUAAAAGUCAUAUCUUACCCUCCGCGAGACGGUUCUAACCCCAUCGCCUUUGUGGAGGAAUUGUAGCGGUGUCUGUCCCCCAACCUACCAGAAUUCCCAAUAGAUUAACAUGACAAGUUACCGGAGUCCUAUAACUUCUCCGCGUUGGAGGUUUUUGCUCUGGGUGCUGACGCCUUAAAAAGUCCCUCGUUCGCCCUUAUUUUUAUCUCUCCCCCGCGAAUUCUACCCCACACUGUCACAUUAAAAAGAAAAAAAAAAAGAGACGAUCCAUCAAUUGAGGUGAUAAGAUCACGCAAGACAAGGGAAAGACGCAAUUAUUCUCGGGGCGGGAGUACUCCCACACGAAAAGCCCACGCCAUGCGCCCACACACCCCCUCUCUAGAUACCACCUACGCUCACGUAGCAGCGGCGGCGAUGGCAGGGCCUACAUCACCACCAGAGACACCCACCAACGGGUCUCCAAAGAUCAAUCGCAAAUCAGCCUUAAAUGGUCGCAUUCCGCGGCACACCAAAUCUCACAAUCAACUAGGCCAUCCACCUAAUAUUCGACCCCUAGGUGGUACCAAAUUCAGUUACAGCCGUGCGCCUCGACCCGAGGAAAUAUCCCCUCGUUCUUCACAUUCUUCCGACGAGGAAUCCGAUUUAUCUGACAACCCCCCAAAGUCGCCAUUCUCGGAUAUACCGCAUUUUUAUCCCGAACACCACAUAGAGCACAUAGAGCGUAUCGCCAUUAAAGUCGUCGAAGACCCUGCAUUUACCAUUGAAGAAUUAAGUGAUAAUUGUUCGCUCGAUAGUGACGAAUGUCUUCGACCAUAUGCCGUUGAGUAUCCCCAUUCAGACCGAAGUCGAUCGAGAUCUCGACCUCCACCUGAUAUGGACCCUGCCGUAAUGGCAGGUAUUGAGAAUCUAAAUACAUUUGAAGAUUCGGAUGUGGACAUUGAUGACUCCGACGAGUUCAAUCGACAAUUGCAAAAACGCCGGGAGGAACGCCGUCUUAGGAGGAUGAAGUCCGGAAGUCUCAGCAAGCGAACAGUAAGCGAGCGGGGCAGCGACUCCGAUAGGGAGGAUGUACUCCCUUAUUACGAGGAAAACCAGACGGGCCCGACACGCCGAAUGCGGCGAAAGGUCGGCGAUCGAAUUAGCAUACAAUUUACCGGCCCUCUCCCCGAACGAAUCGAGGAGUUGAAGGAACCGAAUAGCGACGAUGAAAUUAUUUUAGAUGAUGCCGAGGUUUUUGCGCGCGAGCUACCAUACUGGACCUUGAUGGACGUUGACUCUGAGUGAGAUCAACUGAAUACGUUAUAAUAGGAAAAUUAUCGACAGGAAAAAAACGUCGCAUAUGCUUGGCGAUACGGACGAUGGGAGUAUGAGUCGUUCUAAUUCAACACGCGACACGCAGCUUACGAUUAUAUGACGCUUUACGAAUAUGACCUUUUCAAGUCUUAAAAAACAUUGACAUAUCCCGCCAGUUUUAUAGGGAGUCAAUCAUUAGGGCGGAUUCAUAAUGAAUUGGAAAAAGCAUUUUAUGUUCAGGUCAUUGUAGGGCCGUGGAGCAUAUAGGAGGGUACAGGGCGCGCAUCUUAUUUGUCGCAGCCAUAUGUAUUGAAAUUUUACUUGCAUAGAAGAGCAUUGGCUACAUGGCCUGGAA